GGUACCUCUGAUAUUCUGUGUUGUGGCUUACGUACAGGGGCAAUUGGAGAUAACGCCUGUCUGGUUUAUAGGUAUGUACCCCUCAUCGCGCAGACCGUGUAGGCCAAAACGCGUGAAGUCAUAAAAAGAUUUAGUAAAUUGAUCCGUGCACCUUUUCUCCUUUGGCACAUUGAAUGUACUUACAUACCUCUACUUAUCAUUUAUGAUCGACUGGGUACAUAUUGGUGGUGGUCUUCAUUUUGUCACAAUAUAGACUUUAUAGUGACCUCAUUUUGCAUCUUUUCCUUUUCCAUUUACUUUUAAGAUCAUAUAUACCAGUAAAUGGAAUCUAUAUGCCUUCAGGAGCUCUAGGUUCAGACGCGUCGCGUCUACCGUUCAGCAGCAUCCAUAUGCCUUCAUCUGAUGUCCGCCUUGACCCCAGUCAUGGUAGUCCCGCGGAUGGCUCCCCGAGCCUGAAGCACAAAAGGGAUGUCGAAGCUAUGGAAGAGCUCCUACGACCUUCAAUUGUAGUUAAACCACAUCCCCCAAAUAUCUCGAUUAAACCUCGUAGCCUUCAGCCUCUAAUGAUUCUUCCUCGUGAACAUCUUCAGCUCUCAUUCCUAGAUCUCUCUUCGCCAUAUGGAAGUUUCGAAUCCUCACGAUAUUUCGAGUCCAAGAUUAAAGUUCUAGAACUGGAGAGUCGCAUAGGAUCCCGUCCUGUUGUUCUUGUUGCCCGGCUAGAAUCCGAUAAGACCCUUUACGUAUUAGAACGUCAGACGGAUGGAUUGUAUACUCUCUGCCAAUUUGGCUCCUGGGUGGACCUUCGGGAGCUUCAGCGGCUUGCUACGGUCUCGUACACCCAACUUAUCGAGAAACGGACCAAUACUUUCAUAAAUUCCAAUGCAUCGUACCCAUUGACUACUCCCCACCUGCACCACGAGACUAAGAAAAGGAGACUUGCUAUAGAAGCCAUACAAUCUCUAGUAAAGAAGCCUGCGAGAUCUCGUUCUGUUUCGACGACAUCCCAACUUAUUCCACCCGUACGGCCACAUACGCCUAGCCAAGACAAUGACGAGUCGCAGCCUGACAUCGCCCAAAUUUCCCUAGAAAGUCUAUUCACCGAGAAGUCCGAAUCUCAAACUCAGAGCCAGGUACCAAGCGCCCCUACAGUGGGCCAGUUGAUGACGACGCCAACUGCAGAGGGUAUAUUCGAUAAUAUUCGUAAUCAGUAUUUUGAAUCUCUUUAUCAUUCAAUGGGUUCCCUAGCAUAUUUUGCGAAAGGUCCUCUAUCUCGAGCACGUGCUGCUUUUCAUCUGGAUUGCGAUUCAAAUCUGGAUAUGAAUGAUCUCGUGGACUUUUUGAAAAGUCUUGUUAUGACGACCACACAGAUCGACAAGAAGUAUCGGGAAACAAUUCCGGACCUAAUUUCUAAGAUGAAGCCUAUCUUCCAAGACUCCGAUGUUGAACAAGGUAACGCGAAGAUGAAGAAGCGGAAGACUAGGAAGAUGAAGCUUGGCAAAAAUGGAUUGUAUCCGAUGGAGCAUGAACAUAUUCAAAAGUGGUGGAGUGCUCGCAAGCCUGAGUUCAAAGACGAUGAAGCAAUGACAACAACUGAACCGCAGGAUACUAAGCUUCAAGUAACAUGGUUGCGUUCGAGGGAGACGCAAUUGCAAAUGAUCAUCAUACUCGAAAUCUUAGCAUUAGAACCAUUAGUUCCGUCUCAGAAUAACCAGGACUCACAACUACCGGGCCUACCUCUCGAAGAGGUUCCUGCUGAAGCACUCAAGGAUAGCUCUACGAAGAAACGCAACCGACAUAACUUACCGUCACUCGUUGAUGUUCACGCGGACCGACUAUGCAUUUGGCAAUCUACUGCAUUAGAUGAGGUUAAAUUGCCGGAUGACACCCAGGUGAGCACACAGUUAGAGACGCAGAAGUCGUUAAAGGCUACAUCAGACCCGUUGAAAGAUUUCUGUGUCGAUAUAAUCGUACCAUUCUUCUCUGCAAGAUUACCGGAAAAGUGUGAUUCGAUCAACCGUAAGCUAGGUGGGCCAGUCAUGAUGCCGCCAUCGAAGCCUAAGUCGAAAAACCUAGAACACCCAGAGCCAGUUGUAAAAUCGAAGCCGAGAUCUAGCUCCGCAACGAAGCGUCCAACAUCCAAAUCAUCCAAGACACUUGAGAGUGUUCUUUCUAAGGAGACCGAGAAGCAUCGUCGAAGCAUGUCACGUGGCCCAAGCGGAGUGAUAGCAUUGAUGAGAUCCGCAUCCACUUCCAUGUUGAAGCGAGAAGCGAGUGAGCCAUUAUCCAUCUCAAACAUCCCCAAAGCAGACUCUAUUACAUCUAAAGACAAUACAUCACGUGCACCUUCAUUGGUGCCCAUCAAACGAAGAUCAGAAGGGGAGAGGGCAAAGAAGGACGCUUUAGUUAAGGCGGAAUUACAUGACGCGAUAUCUGCCCUGAGACGUCCUAAUAGGGACGUUAUCAGUAAGGCCAUGGCCGAAGCAGACGAGAGACGUGCUAUUACUAGUCUCUCUCAACUAAAGAAAUCGCGAAAGCCGACUCAACACAGACCCCCCGACGUGGUCAAGGCAACUCCUAUCGGAAAGCGUUUCAAGGAUGUACUAGGCAUGAGCGCCGGCAAUCAACCAAGUCGUUCUCGAGUUAUGGGGCCUGCUGAACCAAGUAGUACACCCUCAUCUUCCUUGGUUCCUUCUUCGGCGCCAAGGAAACGUACUUACGAAGCAGCAUUUACUCUCGAUAAAUUCCAAACCUCUCCCCGUCCGAAGACCUCGGCAGAUCAGGUUCAGGCAACCCCUGCCAGGCCCUCGACCCUUAGGCAGAGCUCUCUGCUUUUCCCCGAGGUCGAUGAGACAGAUAUUCUUGCAUCAUCACCUAUCGUGGCUCGGAAAGUGUCCAUGAUGUCCUUCCGCGAUAGCGGAAUUGAAAUGCCUAGUUCUCCUCCUGGUGCACUCGCAGAGACUCCAGUUAAGCCUCGCACUGCACCUAUUCCACUAAAAGGGCUUGUGGCAGCUACACCAAUUAAACGGAGGAUCCUUGAUAAAGAUGUUGCCAAUAUCGCCGAUACUAGGAAAUCUACUAGUGAUGUGAAGGAGCCCGAGAGGAAGGUUUCGAUUUUCGAACGGUUGGGUUGGGAUGAUGAUUUUGAUGAACUUGGUUAAGGGGUUCUUGUACCAGAUGAUUCAACGCCACUCGUUGAUGGACUUGGAGGCAAGUCGGAUUUCAAAGCUCAUGUAAGCAGUGGAAUGACUAAUGAUGAAAGACGAAACGAUACGACCGCAUUAAAGGCGUCUAGAUAAAGCAGCAUUUCGAAGCAUUGCAUACUAAAAGAGAGUGUAGAGAGCUAAUGAUAUACUUAAUAGAACCCCAAAUUUUCAUUUACACUCCUAAACCCCUAAAUCCAAGAAUAACAUAUAGGAUAUAGAUGUCCCAAGCUACCUACCUAGGUAACUUGAAGCUCGGAACGAUAAUGGAAUAUGAAGUCUCGGAAGUAAUUCAUUGAGUCUUGUCCAGGAUGGGGCCAAUACUCCCACACCUAAGAAUAUGUUUCUUGUCAUUUACCUAUGUCAUCGACGCCAUCGAUCUUACUCUCUAAAGAACAGGGGUUUACGAGGAUUAAAUAGCGCAAAAGGCUGUAUCUCAAGUCAAAGCUCUUGUUAAUCC